GCGGACCUAGGCGACCCGGCGCUGGCGUGUUUCCGGCUCCGGUGCGGAAGGCCGACGACUUGGAGCCGUUGGGCCCGACGCGUCCCGAAGGAGCAAGGAGGUCUUUAAACUCAAGUGCAGAGCUCGGAUCGUGGAUCGAGGCCGGCGCAAUGGGCGGGGAGCAGGAGGAGGAGCGGUUUGACGGCAUGUUGCUGGCCAUGGCGCAGCAGCACGAGGGCGGCGUGCAGGAGCUUGUGAAUACCUUCUUCAGCUUCCUUCGACGCAAAACAGACUUUUUCAUCGGAGGAGAAGAGGGGAUGGCAGAGAAGCUUAUCACACAGACCUUCAGUCACCAUAAUCAGCUGGCACAAAAGUCCCGGCGGGAGAAGAGAGCUCGGCAGGAGGCCGAGCGGCGGGAGAAGGCGGAGCGUGCAGCCAGGUUGGCCAAAGAAACCAAGUCAGAUAGCCCAGGGCCCCAGAUCAAGGAACUGACUGAUGAGGAGGCAGAGAGGCUGCAGUUGGAGAUUGACCAGAAAAAGGAUGCAGAGAAUCAUGAGGCCCAGCUCAAGAAUGGCAGCCUUGGCUCACCAGGGAAGCAGCAGGAGACUGAGGAAGAUGAGGAGGAGGAAGACGAGAAGGACAAAGGAAAACUGAAGCCCAACUUAGGCAACGGGGCAGACCUGCCCAAUUACCGCUGGACCCAAACCCUAUCGGAGCUGGAUCUGGCAGUGUCCUUCCGUGUGAACUUUCGGCUGAAGGGGAAGGACGUGGUUGUGGACAUCCAGCGGCGGCACCUCCGGGUGGGACUCAAGGGGCAACCGCCAAUCAUUGAUGGGGAGCUCUACAAUGAAGUGAAGGUGGAGGAGAGCUCGUGGCUCAUCGAGGACGGCAAGGUGGUGACUGUGCAUCUGGAGAAGAUCAAUAAGAUGGAGUGGUGGAGCCGCUUGGUGUCCAGUGACCCUGAGAUCAAUACCAAGAAGAUUAACCCUGAGAACUCCAAGCUGUCUGACCUGGACAGUGAGACCCGCAGCAUGGUGGAAAAGAUGAUGUAUGACCAGAGACAGAAGUCCAUGGGGCUGCCUACCUCGGAUGAACAGAAGAAACAGGAGAUUCUGAAGAAGUUCAUGGAUCAGCAUCCGGAGAUGGAUUUUUCCAAGGCCAAAUUCAACUAGCCCCUGUGUUUGCCUCCCUGAACUCUUGGGGCUGAACCCUCAGCCAUCUUUCUUUCUGUCCCUUCCCUGGGAUUUGGGAGUCUCAAGGCUGGGGCAAGCAUGGAACUGGCCCAGGCAUACAGGUCCCAGAACAUCAGGAGAAGGGCUGGGGCCUUGGGGUCCCAGCCAGCUUACUGUUACACAUUAAAGCUAUUUACCCAGCUCC